CUUCGCUCCCAGGGUAACAGUCAGAGGUUCAGUAGCUUUGCGGCCCGGGAGGUCUCCGUGCUCACGCAGGAUUUGUUUCCUGCUCUCCGCCCUUCCGUCUUCCCCUUAGUGAGCGUGGCGUGCCCCGCUGCUCCGGCUCUUGCCAGGACCCUUGCUGGGCCUGGUUCUAGUGGGCCUCCGUGUCCCUCCUGGUCAGCAGCCCCUCUGUCCCUCACCCGGCCCCCGGCAGUCAGGCUGGCAGGUUUCUGUGCACGGCUCGUGGGUCUGUGGCGCUUCUCUUGCGGGCUCUCAGCUCUGGCACAUGUUCUCCCUCAGCUGGGCUCUUGCCCUCUGCUGUCAGAAUGUGUUCUCUUUUCUCUCUCGAAGCUCUGUGUACCGUGAGCCUGCGGGCUUUCGCCUUGCAGAGGUUUGGCGGGCUCAUUCACACCCGUGGCCUCCCGCACCCGCACGUGCCCUCUGUCUGCUGUCCUGCCUGGCCCGUGGUCAGACUUACGCAUUCUCCUUUAACAAGACACCUGCAGAAAAAACUUUCUGGCCACCCCAAUAUUGUCCAGUUUUGUUCUGCAGCAUCCAUAGGGAAGGAGGAGUCGGACACGGGGCAGGCCGAGUUCCUGCUGCUCACCGAGCUCUGCAAAGGGCAGCUGGUGGAAUUUUUAAAGAAAAUUGAAUCUAGAGGUCCGCUCUCGUGCGAUACUGUUCUGAAGAUAUUCUAUCAGACGUGCAGAGCCGUGCAGCACAUGCACAGACAAAAGCCACCCAUCAUCCACAGAGACCUCAAGGUGGAGAACUUGUUGCUCAGUAACCAGGGGACCAUCAAGCUGUGUGACUUUGGCAGUGCUACGACCAUCUCGCAUUACCCGGACUACAGCUGGAGCGCCCAGAGGCGGGCCCUGGUGGAAGAGGAGAUCACCAGGAACACCACACCCAUGUAUAGGACGCCAGAGAUCGUGGACUUGUACUCGAACUUCCCCAUCGGCGAAAAGCAAGACAUUUGGGGUGCGGAACUUGGGGAGCGCAGCUCUGAGCGGCCCGGGGCUGCGCCCGCCGGUGUGGAGGCACCCUGCCCCUUCCCUGGCCUCUCCGAGCAGGGACAGCCCCAGACCUCCCAGGCCGCCUCCAGUGCUGACCCCGCCGUGGGUGUGACGGCCUCCACCCCGUCUAAAACGUGUGAAUCGGCCCUGGGCUGCAUCUUGUACCUGCUGUGCUUCAGGCAGCACCCGUUUGAAGACGGAGCAAAGCUUAGAAUAGUCAACGGGAAGUUCUCAAUCCCUCCUGAUGACACCCAGUACUCUGUGUUCCAUGACCUCAUCCGCGCUACGCUGAAGGUCAACCCCGAGGAGCGGCUGUCCAUCACAGAACUGGUCAACCAGCUCCAGGAGAUUGCAGCCGCCAGGAAUGUGAACCCCAAGUCGCCCAUCACUGAGCUCCUAGAGCAGAAUGGGGGCUAUGGGAAUGCUGUCCCGUCUCGAGGGCCUCCCCACCUCGGGGGCUCCAGCAGCGGUGGCUACAGUGGAGGCCUGGCGCUUGCCGAGUACGACCAGCCCUAUGGCGGGCUCCUGGAUAUCCUGCGGGGGGGCACCGAGCGCCUCUUCACAAACAUCAAGGACACCUCCUCCAAGGUCAUCCAGUCCGUUGCCAAUUACGCGAAGGGAGACUUGGACAUAUCUUACAUCACAUCCAGAAUUGCUGUGAUGUCAUUCCCAGCAGAAGGUGUGGAGUCGGCUAUCAAGAACAACAUAGAAGACGUCCGGUUGUUUUUGGACUCCAAGCACCCAGGACAUUAUGCGGUCUACAACCUCUCCCCAAGGACGUAUCGGCCCUCCAAGUUUCAUAACCGGGUUUCCGAGUGUGGCUGGGCGGCCCGGCGGGCCCCGAACCUUCGCAGCCUGUACAGCGUUUGCAGGAACAUGCACUCGUGGCUCAGGCAGGACCACAAGAACGUCUGUGUUGUGCACUGUGUGGACGGGAGAGCUGCCUCUGCUGUGGCCGUCUGCUCCUUCCUGUGCUUCUGCCGGCUCUUCAGCACCGCAGAGGCCGCCGUGUACAUGUUCAGCAUGAAGCGCUGCCCGCCAGGCAUCUGGCCAUCUCACAAAAGGUACAUCGAGUACGUGUGUGACAUGGUGGCCGAGGAACCCAUCACGCCCCACAGCAAGCCCAUCCUGGUGAAAGCCGUGGUCAUGACGCCCGUGCCUCUGUUCAGCAAGCAGAGAAACGGCUGUAGGCCCUUCUGCGAGGUGUAUGUGGGGGACGAGCGAGUCACCACCACGUCUCAGGAGUACGACAAGAUGCGGGAUUUUAAAAUCGAGGAUGGCAAGGCAGUCAUUCCCCUGGGCAUAACCGUGCAGGGAGACGUGCUCAUCGUAAUCUACCACGCGAGGUCCACGCUGGGUGGAAGACUUCAGGCCAAGGUGGCGUCCAUGAAGAUGUUCCAGGUCCAGUUCCACACCGGGUUUGUGCCUCGGAACGCAGCUACCGUGAAAUUUGCAAAGUAUGACCUGGACGCGUGUGACAUUCAGGAGAAGUACCCGGAUUUAUUCCAAGUGAACCUGGAGGUGGAGGUGGAGCCCAGAGACAGGCCCAGCCGGGAGGCUCCCCCCUGGGAGAGCACCAGCAUGAGGGGGCUAAACCCCAAAAUCCUGUUUUCCAGCCGAGAGGAGCAGCAAGAUAUUCUGUCUAAAUUUGGGAAGCCAGAGCUCCCCAGGCAGCCCGGCUCCACCGCUCAGUACGACGCCGAGGCGGGGUCUCCCGAUGCCGAGCCCACGGAGUCCGAUUCACCACAGAGCAGCGGCACAGACACCAGCCACUUCCUCCACACGCUGGACUGGCACGAGGAGAAAGACACAGAGACGGGCCCAGAAAGCAAUGUCGCCAAGGAGAGUGUGCCAGCCCCGGCCGCGGAUGCGGGCGGGAGUGAGCUGUCCGACGAGGAGGUGGCCACGCUGUCAGCCGAGAGCAGGGACGCAGCUGAGGAGGACACACCGGGCCCAGCGGGGAGGGCGCAAGAGCAAGAGUCGAUUUUUGACGCGGCCACACCAGCCACGCCACACGAGCCUGCGUCGCAGGAGGACAGCGUCGACCUCCUGGGGCUGCACUCUGGGACGGGGCCGGCACCCCCAGUGCAGGCCUGCGGGGCGGUCCCCAGUAACGCCGACCUGCUCAGCCGCCUCCUGGGGGCGCCUGACACUGCCCCGGAAGUCCCCCCGGGCGACCUGCUGGGCGGCGAUGCCCCCCUGCUCUUCACAAGCCCGGCUCCGCCCCUGAGUGCACAGAGCCCACCCCGAGAAGGGCCGGCCGUGGCCGCUGACCCAUUUGAUCCUCUCCUCCUGCCAUCUGGUCCAGACACCCAGCCCUGCUCCAAGCCCGACCUCUUUGGCGAAUUUCUUAAUCCAGAACCUCCUGCUGCUCCCACCUCUUUCCCCUCCACCCACAGCGCCCCGCCCCCAGCCUGCAACACCGACUUCCUGCACCUGGGGGAUAUACCAGCAGAGCCCAGCAAGAUGACCGCCUCGGCCAGCCACCCGGAUCUGCUGGGAGGGUGGGAGGCCUGGGCCGAGGCUCCGGCCCCUGCUCCUGCUAGUGAAGGUCCUUUCUUCUCUGCUGGAGGACAGCCCGCCCCUCCCGGCCCCUCGGCCAGCUGGACCAAGUCUCAGAGCCUGGACCCGUUUGCAGACCUCGGUGACCUCAGUUCUGGCCUCCAAGGCUCGCCUGCUGGAUUUGCUCCUGGAGGUUUCGGCCCUAAAACCGCCCCCCCUCCCUCAGGCGGCAGCUCCUGGCAGCAGACCAGUCGGCCCCCGGCCCAGAGCGCCCCAUGGCCCCCGCAAGCCAAGCCACCCGCCAAAGCCUGUGCACAGCCAAGGCCUAACUACACCGCCAACCUAAGUGUGAUCGGCGGCCGAGAGGAGAGGGGUUUCCGCACCCCUAGCUUCGGUCAGAAGCCGAGAGUGUCCGAGAGCGACUUUGAGGACCUGCUGUCCGAUCAGGGGUUCUCCUCCAAGUCUGACAGGAAGGGGCCCAGGACCAUGGCAGAGAUGCGGAGGCAGGAGCAGGCCAGAGACGCAGACCCACUCAAGCUGAAGCUCCUGGAGUGGACGGAGGGCAAGGAGAGGAACAUCCGUGCACUGCUGUCCACCCUCCACACCGUGCUGUGGGACGGGGAGAGCCGCUGGACCCCUGUGGGCAUGGCCGACCUGGUGACCCCCGGGCAGGUGAAAAAACAGUACCGCCGUGCUGUGCUGGCGGUCCACCCGGACAAGGCCGCAGGCCAGCCAUACGAGCAGCUCGCCAGGAUGAUCUUCAUGGAGCUGAGCGACGCUUGGGCCGAGUUCGAGAGCCAGGGCUCCCGGCCCCUCUUCUAAGCCCACGGCGGUUGAGGCUCCGCGUGUGGCUCGUGGAGCCAGAAACUGCUGGGCUCCACCUGGAGGGGCCUGUCUGUGGCCGUCGUGGCGUGGGCUCACGUGGCCGCACCCGCACCGUUGUGGGCACCACCCCCGGAGGGUGCGUAGCAGACGCCGCUCCCCACUCCGCGGCACGAGGAAAGAAAGCAUUCCAGAGCCUCUGAGUCUCCUUUUCGUUUUCUGGUCCUGAAGGAAACGUGUUGAUGACAUUCCCCCAACGGUUGUCGCGGUUUGUGAUUUGUUUCAUUUUGUCCAGUGGCCAUUGCCUCGAGAGCGCGCUGCUCAGCUGGCCCGCCCCGAAUCCCACUCGUGGACGCUGACUCCUCCUGUGCGUGACCAGCCCGGCAGCCGCUUGUACAUAAUUAAACUAUUUUCUGAUGA